GACAGUGGCUGCCUCCACCAGCUCCGGCGCUGUUAAAGUGACCAGCCCUGUUAUCAGUGCUCAUUGUGAACAGCGUGCUGAUCCAAUGAGCAGAUCUCAAUAAAGAACGUUCGCCGUGAUGCGUUGCAGAUAAUACAGUACAGCUGAGCUUCAGUUUGUGCUUUUUUUGUUUGUUUGUUUGUUUGUUUGUUUGUUUUGGUCUUAUUUUUGGAUCCAGCACGAAACUUUUGACUCUGAUCUCAGGGAUGGCUGGGACUCUUGAAUACACAAGGCCAGCUAUCACACCAUCUUUCGGGCUGGACUGUGCGGCAGCUGCUCGGCCCCCACGCCCCCCUGCCAUGGUGUCCCGCGUAGGCAUGCGCCAGCUGCUCAUGCGUGAACAAAUGCAGCAGGAGGAGCAGCGGGAGCGCCAACGUCACCUGCACCACAUGCAGCAGCGGCCACCCGGACAGCCUGCUCCCUCGCCCGCCAUCAACGCGCCCGUGCACUUCCCAGCACCGAUGCAGGUGCCUGUCGAAGUGCUGAAGGUACAAACCCACCUGGAGAACCCCACUGACUACCACAUCCGCCAGUCUCAGAGGCAACAGGUAAAGGAGUACCUGUCCAGUACCAUCGCUCCCAAGCAGGUCGUCCACGCUGCAGCUAGCGUAGUGCACCCCUCUCCACCCAGCAUGCCGCAGUGCCAGUCAGCCGGUGCCCUGCAACCCCUGCCCUCACCUUGUGCAUCACAGCUCGUCACCUCAGGAGGGAACAGUGCCCCCAAUAGUCCUAUGGCCAUGCUGAACAUCAGUUGCAGCCAUGAGAAAGAGAUGGAGGAAGUGAUUGAGGACAUCAUCAGCAUGCAGUCCAGCUAUGAUGAUAUUCAGACUUAUGUUGACUCCGUGGGACAGAUGCCAAACACACUUCCUCUAUCUAGCAGCCAUUUGGACGUGUACACUGGGCCUGGCAUGGCAGGUCCUACCAUCGCCAUGACUAGCAACUCCUGCCCUGCCAACCUGCAUCACAAAAGGGAGCUCUCAGAUGCUGAGGCUCGUGCGCUGGUCAAGGAGCGACAGAAGAAAGACAACCACAACUUGAUUGAAAGGAGAAGGAGGUUCAAUAUCAAUGACCGCAUCAAGGAGCUGGGCACCAUGAUUCCAAAAACUAAUGACCUGGAUGUCCGCUGGAACAAGGGCACUAUUCUCCGUGCCUCAGUGGAUUACAUUAAACGAAUGCAGAAGGACAUCCAGAGAACCAGGGAAGUGGAGAGCAACUUCAAGAGGAUGGAGGUGGUCAAUAAGCAAUUGUGGCUCCGUAUCCAGGAGCUAGAGAUGCAAGCCCGGAUGCAUGGUCUGCCUAGCACCUCGCCAUCAGGCCUGAACAAUACUGAAACCCUGAACCCGUUCGUAAAACAGGAGAACAGCCCUGAGGAGCUUCACCACCAGCAGCCUCCUCAACUCCAUCAGCCUCCUCAACUCCACUCCCACCCUCAUCAGCUCCACCCUCAUCAGCUCCACCCUCAUCAGCUCCACCCCCAAGCUUCUCAGCUCCACCCCCAGCCACCACUGCAGUACUCUGCUGUAGGCAGCACACAGCCCUUCGAAUUUGGCCACUCCCUGGACUUGUGCGAUGGCAACAUGCCAGGUUAUGCAGAUAGCAUGGGGUGUCUGGGGGAUCUGAGCUCGAUAGGGGGCACGGCCGGUGGCACCAUGGGUCACGCAGGCAAGAAGAAUGAGAUGGCCUGGGUCGAUGAGGCGCUGUCGCCACUGGGCACAGACCCACUGCUCUCGGCCAUGUCACCCGAGGCGUCUGUGGACAGCAGCCGCCGUAGCAGCUUCAGCAUAGACGACUCGGACAUACUGUGAAAUGGCUCCAGCACAAAUAUUAACACCUUCACACACCUAUUUUAUGAACACAUAAAGGGCAACAGCACAUGCAACUUUUUUCAUAUUUUCAAGUACGUUUUUAGGCUACCGAAAUACCAUAGGCAGUCAACAAAAGCUUACACACACACACACACACACUCCCUUGGAUAUGAUUUGAUUUACGUACCAUCCAUACACUCCUAAAAAUCUAAAUACACUAAAUUAGAUAUUUAUAUUUAAAAAAAAAAAUUUCACAUACCAGUACUACCAUACAAAUACAAAAAAAGGCCAUUUUAUCCAUAAGGAAGUAUUUGUUCGUGAUUUUUUUAAAAAAAAAAAUAAAAUAAGUAGCAAGCAAAUUUUAGUUCUCGUCCCAGCCACUCAGAUUUAAUCAGUGCCAUACUGCUGGCCUUUAGCAUGGAACCUACAGGGGAAGGAAGGGGAGGAUAGAUAAAUAUAGAAAUUAGUACAGUAUGUUUUAGAAUUAAAUGUCAUCCAAAGGCAGCUUUUUCUCAGGCAUUUAGAAAGGAAAAAAAAAAAAAAAACAUCAGGGACAUCAUUCCCUUCCCAAGAAAUGGAUCUAAGGUAACCCUUUCUUUGAAGAUCCCUUUUUGAAGGCAUUCAGAAAACGUUCAUGAAUCUUGUAUAGACAUUUUUAUUUUAUUUUUUUUAAAUUAUGACUUAAUUUAAAUGUCUAUUAGUGUAAAUACUUGGGCUAGUGUUAGCUCUGAGGAUAAGGUUCUUGCACUAGUGUCCAGAAGUCACAAAACUGACUGAAGCCGAACAAGUCCCUUCAUCCUCAGCUAAUCAUCUUGGAUUAGAUUCUGACUCACUUUGGGUGUUUUUUUUUUUUUUGUUUUUUUUUAAAUUAAAGUGUUACCAAUUCCAUUAAUGGUGUGCUAGGAACUGUACCUAAAGUAUUAUUAUUAUACUAUUACUUUCUAAAAGUGGAUCCUUGAAGUAAUAAGUAAUACUUAAGCAAAUAAAAGUAGUGUACUAAAUGGGCUUGGUUUCAAAAUUAAUGCCUGAUGCAUUAGGUGAUUAGUGUAACAGGAUGGUCAGGGUGCUAGCACAAAAGAAACGAAACUAUCCGGUUAAUCUAACCAGCGUACUGCGUCACCAAGACAAAAAUCCACCCCCUCAUGAAGAGUGAAUUGAAAUGGGGUUGUGCUUAACCCUCUGGUUCUGUUCACUACUAUUGACCCAGGCCAUCUGUUUUUGAUUUAAAAGCACCGCAGCAGUAAAAUCCGCUAUAAACCAGCCACGAUAUCUUCAUCUUCGUCAUUCACAAUAGAAACAAUCACCCGUGGUCCUCGUUCAUACACUCCUUACAGCUUGUGUACGUGUCUGUGCAUGUGUGUGCACUGUAAAUAAAUAUGACCGAAUAAUGGACCCAAAUCACCUUGUUUCAGAAAAGUUCAUUUUUAUCCCUUUUAUUUUACCUUGUUACUCAGGUCAGAAUGACCUGAAUGUAAUUUUUGUAAUAUAAAUGACACUUUUUUUUUUUUUUUUUUUUUUUUUUCUUCUUCAGAUUAACUUUGUUUAUUAGAGAAAUGAAACCAAGUGUAAAGGUUCAUGUUGAAAAGAGUAGUGUAAAUCUGAUUUGGGUCAUUUUACCCUGAACAGAACGUGAGGUUUAAGCGCCUCACUUGUAUGUGCACUUCCUCUCUGCCUGAGGUAAUGUUAUAAGGGCAAGGAUCUAACGUGCAAUUCCAGCUAUGAAAUUUUAAAAAUGGAAGAAAAAAAAAAUAAAGUCCCCCCCCCCCCCCCCCCGCGCCUCCUCGCUCCUAAAGCACUGAAGAAAAUAUGAGUUUAAUGGCUUUAUAAUAGAUGAUUUAUUAAGAUUUUAUAUGCCACUAAGCAACAAGUGUAUUUUUAUCAUGUGUAACUUUUUAUUUUUAUUUGAUCUUCCAAAAAUGACCUUUGCUAUCACGGUGCAGAGCCAUUUAAAUAUGAAAAUAUUUAAACCACUAGCCUUAUUGUACAUGGCCAGCAGAGCCGUAUAAUAUAUAUUUUUCUUUUUUUAUGUUAGAAUUUAUCAGGCUUUUAAGAACAUAAAAGAACAUGUAUCAUGUUUUUAUAUUGAUUUGAUUUUUUUUAACAGUUAUUCAAAAAUGAGUGAUUUCUGUAAUUUUCAGUUUUAAUUAAAACUUUGUGAAUGUGAAUUUUUCCCUGUUGUACAGUUAGUUGAAGUAGUUUUAAGUGAAGCAGCCUGAUUUUUUAUUUUAUUUUUUUUUAUUCCCCCCAUGGUGCCUUCCUUUUCCUAAAAAUAUACCCCCAUACUGUUAUUGGACAACCUGCCUCAGAGUUUAAAACGUUCUUACACUGUGUUACUGGCUCAGAGUUUACUUUUUUCCUCUGACUUUUAAAGUCCAAAUUUAUCCACCGCCAGCAUUCAAAGAGUUGUUUUAGCUGACACAAAUCUUUGACUUGGUAAACCGUAACAGAUGGAGCUGUCCAAGCUGUUAUAGUGAUGGGGUUCUUCUAAUUUUGCUUCUUCUUUUUUUUUUCCAGGAAAUAAGGUUUGCCAUAAAUGAAGGGAAAAUAUAUUCCUUUCAGAUUGUGAUUUAAGUGAUUGUUACUGUUUUAGCAAACGCAUCCAAAAGCCUUUUGAAUUCAAUCUUGUAAAAUUUUAUGGACGUGAAUCCGAUCGAUUAUUAAAUGUAUUUAAGAUGAUUAUA